AUAGACAGGACGAUAGUCGCAGAGAGAAGGCGGAGAGCACAUGAAUGAGCCAGGAAGCGGAGAAAGCAACACAAAGAAAGAAUGUGGAUAGAAUAUUCGAUUUAAAUUAAUAAGUCAAGAACUCCCGUGAAUCGAAGGACUGCACCCAUCUUUGGGGACAGGAAGAGCCAACUGCAGCAGUGCCGGAUGGGAAGGUGUUGACUGCAACUGCCCUCAUCUCCAUAGAGAUGACCCUGGGGGUUGUGGAAUGUGGACAGAGAGCGAGUACCAGUCAAGCACAAGAUCUAUCUCUCGCCGCGGGCUGUUAACACUCCAGGGCUGCACCUCUGGACACUGGUGAAACUUCCCCAAACGGCCACGACCAUGUGGGGACCGGCGGUGGCACUGGUGUUCCUGGUGCUGUCAGGAGCGGGUCACAUCCAUGGCCACAGCGAUUUCACCUGUGAGCCAAUCAGGGUGCCCCGUUGCCUGGACAUGCCUUAUAACAUGACCUACUUCCCAAACAUGAUGGAGCACUAUGACCAGGACAUUGCAGCCAGCAAAAUGGAGCCGUUCAUGCCCCUGGUCCGUUUGCCCUGCUCCCCGGAUGUCCACCACUUCCUGUGCCAGGCGUUUUUCCCCACGUGCACUGAGCCAAGCGAGGUGGCCUGGCCGUGCCGCUCCCUGUGCGAGACCGUUCUCUCCGACUGCAGGAAACCCAUCGAGACCUUCGGCAUCGACUGGCCUCCAGAACUCCAGUGUGACAGGUUGAAGAAAUGCCCCAGCUUAGCAGACGACUUGGCUGCCACCAGCCACACAACCCCACCCAAGACCUCCCCGUCUGCGAAGAGGGACCUGGGCUUCUGGUGCCCGCUGCCGCUCAAGACCCCGUCGGGCCAGGGUUCAUCCUUCCUGGGCGUGCAGGACUGUGCCCCGCCCUGCGCCAACAUGUACUUCAAGCCCCACGAGGUGGAGUUCGCCAAGACCUUCAUCGGUGUGUCCUCCAUCGUCUGCCUCUGCGCCACGCUCUUCACCUUCCUCACCUUCCUGAUAGACGUCAAGAGGUUCCGCUACCCCGAGAGGCCCAUCAUCUUCUACGCCGUGUGCUACAGCGUGGUGUCGCUCAUCUACUUCGUCGGCUACCUGCUGGGCAACGGCACGGCCUGCCGGCAGGCCUCCCAGCUGGGGGCGGUGGACACGGUGGUCCUGGGCUCCCAGAACAGCAAGGGCUGCACCCUGCUCUUCAUGCUGCUGUACUUCUUCUCCAUAGCCGGAACCGUGUGGUGGGUCAUCCUCACCAUCACCUGGUUCCUGGCGGCGGGGCCCAAGUGGAGCUGCGAGGCCAUCGAGAAGAAGGCGGUGUGGUUCCACUCGGCCGCCUGGGGCAUCCCCGGAGCCUUGACGGUCAUGCUGCUGGCCCUCAACAAGGUGGAGGGCGACAGCAUUAGCGGCGUGUGCUUCGUGGGGCUCUACGACCUGGACGCCCUGCGCUGGUUCGUGCUGGCCCCGCUGUGCGUGGGAGUGGUGGUCGGCCUGUCGCUGCUGCUGGCCGGCAUCAUCUCGCUCAACCAUGUGAGGCAGGUGAUCCAGCACGACGAGCGCAACCAGGAGAAGCUGAAGAAGUUCAUGAUCCGCAUCGGCGUGUUCAGCGGCCUCUACCUGCUCCCCCUGAUGGUGCUGCUGGGCUGCUACAUAUACGAGCAGACCCGACGCAGCGCCUGGGAGAACACCUGGGUCAACGACCACUGCCAGGAGUACAGCAUUCCCUGCUCUCACACGAAAAUUGAGAUUGAGCGCCCUGAUUUGACACUGUUUUUGGUCAAAUACCUGAUGACGCUGGUGGUGGGGAUAUCGGCUGUGUUCUGGGUCAGCAGCAAGAAAACCUGUUCAGAGUGGGCCUUCUUCUUCAACAGGACCCGCAAAAAGGACCCGAUCAGCGAGAGCCGCAGGGUGCUCCAGGAGUCCUGUGAGUUCUUCCUCAAGCACAACAGCCGGGUUCAGCACAAGAAGAAGCACUACAAGUCCAGCUCCCACAAGCUGAAGGUCAUCUCCAAAUCCAUGGGGACCAGCACGGGCGCCGCCGCCACCCCAACCUCCGGCCACGGCGCCCCGUCGGCCGGCCCUGCUAACCACAGCGUCCUGGGCCGGGCCUCGUUCUCUGAGGUCCGGGGCUCGUCCGACGCCUCGGGGAGGGACCAGGUGGAGCGAGGCAGCGCUGGCCGGGGGUCCCGACGGGGCGGCGGGGAGAGAGAGCCAGCGGGACAGGCCCUGCCCGCCCACGAAGCCCUCGAGAGGCGGAGCAAAACCGGCAGCUCCACCCGGUUUAGCAGCCGCUCUGAGAGCUUCCAGAGAGUUCCAGACGGCAGGAUAACGCCCAGGAGUGACUUUGCAGAAGGCAAGCAAGGUCCCAGUGGCCAGUCAACACUAAGCCCCUCCCACAGUGGCAGCAAAGGCUCCGCCCCCCUCCUGGUGCGCCUGACAUCGGAAGAGACCAAGGAAAAAGGGAGCAGCUCCAAUGCAUGAGCCCAAUUCUUCUCUUAAAUCCGUACUUAUGUGAGUACCCCCAAUACCCACCCCCAAAUCUUGACCAGCAUCCUUUAGCACUACAUGCAGUCUGUUGUCUGAUUAGCUGCACGUGCCUACUGACAUCAUGGGCGACACCCAACCGUUCUGUACCUCGAACCUGCAGCCAAAUAAGUCCGUUGCUGAAUGUUUAUCUGCCACUGUGGGCGACAGAGGCAGAAGACUGUGGGCUAUGCAGUUCUGCAGGGCAAGGAUUAAAAGUGCAUUCUCCCUUGAAAAGCCUUGGUCAACGCCACUAAUAAUAUAAUUAUUAUAAGCAAUAAUAUGAAUAUGGAAUGUACACUGGUGAAACUGUAGUGUCAUAUGCCCGUUAGUCCAACUAACACUGGAAUGUAGUCCAUACACUGAAUUUUGGUGGAGGGUGCAUUUUCAUUUUUAGAGUAAUACAUAUAUCUGGAUGGAGUUAAUGACAAAUGUUUUGGAGGCACAUUAGUUGAAAAGAUUAAUUCUUUGCUUUGUGGUAGUUUCUAGUUUUGCCUGUAUGCAGAGACGUGUGGCUUAUUAUUAAUUUUAAUGUAGCCUGAAGCAAUCAUUUGAGUAUUUUGUGCUAGGCUUUGUCAUAUUUGUUCCACAUCAGCAAUGUGUUUCUACUGAGAUGUUUAUUAAACAUGCAUAAACAGUGCUCUAACAUCUGAUCUUUACAGUAGGCUACUCAUAGCAUUUUUAAGCUUUUUAACUAGGAUAUUUGGGUGUGUUGUACAAUAUGUUACAAAACUUGUUCUCAUAGUAUUUGUUUCUCAAAAUUUGUUAUUUACUCUGGUCUUCUCUUUCAGUAUUAAAUUCCAUAAAUACAUGUACAUUCAAGACCACAUUUAGCAUUUACUGGAGUGCUAGCAACUUUCAUUUCAAAUUUUUCUUUUUCUAUUUAAGGUGGUAUCUAAUUAUCUGGGUUUGAAUAAAAAUAUUAUUAUAGAUUAAAAUAAUAUAAUCCUAAGAAGUAUAUAAGUCAACAUAGUAGCCAAGAUGAUCACGAUAUUCAUGUCCAAAAUGUUCUUUCCUAAACAUUACACCUUGUCACAAAUCUCGCUUUCACACUAAAUGGUGUGGCCAAGUAUUGUGCUUAUUGUAAACAUGAAUUCUAAUUAUAGGACUAUGUUAAUUUAAAAAAACAAAGUUUAUGUACUUUUGCCAUAUUGAGGAGCUGAUCUAAUCGUAUAUCUAUCCAUAGGAAGUGACCAAUGUGAACACUAGCUGUGGAUUAAUGCUAGUAUAUGCUGUAUAACACUAAGCAUAACAUUUUAAUUUUUGUGUGACAUAUUUUUGUUGGACAACAGGAAAUAUGUUUUGAAUCGAGUACAUUUUUACUAGAAACAUUGAGGCCUUAAUUACCAUUUUAAAUCUAUUAGUGUUGUAUGUUUGUUAUCUUAAUAUCAGUAAUUUUGAAAGAAUUUGAACCAUUAGAGUAGUUAGGACUUAUUUUCAUUGCCUAACUGAGAAUCUCACUUUUAAACUAAAAUGAAAAGUCCAAAGCAUUGCUGCUUUACUCAAAUGGUGCAUUCCUGAUGUUUACGUUGUUGGACAGUUCCAGAAUUGAUGUCAGGAUGAUAACUAUUGGCCCAUGCAGAAUUUCCAUACUUCUGCCUCAUUACCAUUUUCAACCACAAUUGGUCAGUGUUUUUUCCAGAGAUGUUUCCAAAGCAGUUAUUUGUGCUGUCGAUGAGCUUGAAAGCUAUUUUCAUGCCUUUUUAAAAUGUCGUCCUGUUAUACGUGUUGAAAAUGUUGAAUAUUGCUGAAAAAAUGGUAAUAAUCAGGGUGCUGUAUCUUAAUGUGAUAGUUUGGCACAAGUUUUUUGUCAAUAGGAAUGAAAUAGGAACAGUAUACACUCAGUGUGAAAUGGGUAAAAGGCCAGGCAGCUAUUAUCAAAAGGGAAUUCGCAAAGUCCAAAAGCCAACGUUUGUGUACAAUACUUAUAACUUUUUACAACACUUUUACAGGUUUAUUACCUGUUAUACAUUGCGCAAUUAACAAACACUAUUUUAGCUUUCGAUCGAAGAUGCAAAAUAAUUGACUUUUUCCAGUGUAGUUUUUCAUGUCCUUUAAAAAGGGGAAAACCUUAAGGCGGCUGUUUUUUUUAAUGUUUUUUUUAUUUU